AGCUAAAUAUGGAUUUGCUGGUGUUUUAUUACCAAGGAUAACAAAUGCUACUAAAGCGUAAUGUGUAUGCGCUAUUCUGGAAAAAACCACAGUGUAACAGAAAAGAAAGUGAAUACCAAACAUGGAGUUUAGAAAUGGUUUUGGAACUAAGCAAAUUUUGUGUCCAGUGCUUUGCAUCGCCGUGUAGUAUGCAAAUUUGUGGAAUGUUUGUCGAUUUACAUAAAAUGUGCAAUCAACCACAUCAAACGUGUCACUGAAGUUGUCAUCGUUCUAGCCGAGUCGGGUACGAUCAACAGUAAUUUGAAAGAGUCCUGGGAGAUUGCUUACUCGCAGGAUAGUAGUGGUCAUACUCACUAAAAGCCAAGUUAAGGUGCGUAGGAGGUUGAAUGAUUGAGUUAGAACCUGUAAAACUUAAUUUCUCGCGUAAGCCUGGCGAUGCCGCUUGGCAAGCGAAAUAGAUACCAAAUGGAGGAGGACACCGAACUUCCAAGCACUCCCGGACAGAAUUUACUCACUUCGAUUAAAACUUUCCUGUGGGCAUCUCCAUGCAAAGAGGGCGAGGAUCGGCCGGGAAAGAGAUUGAGAGUUGAUGAGGAUUCAGAAGACGAAGAGGAUGCUAUUAUUACAUCUAAUCUGUUGAAGAAGCGAAAGUUCACGACCGAGACGGAGGCGAAAUUUACUAGCUCCCCUUCACCACCGAAUGGGGACACUUCAAAUAUGGACGCAUUGCCGAAGCGUAAAUCUCUACUAGGGACUUUGUUUUCGCCUGUUUUCACAUUAUUUGGUAAAAAUGGACAAAUCCAGACCCUGGGUAAUAAUUCUAGCACGAUUGUCGGGGGAGUUAAAGACAAAAUAUCCCACGAGUCUUGCAAUGGCGUCGCCGUUGAGAAUGAAGAACAGUCAUGUGUGAACAGCAAAACGACCAUCGUGCAGAAUGGCGAUGUAAACGCCAAUGUUGAUGAUGAAAGUAUUGAAUGGGAAGCCUUCGACCCGUUUUAUUUCAUCCGCAAUAUGCCGCCAUUAUCGGAAGAGAUGCGAAACCGUCCGCCGGUGCUUCCCUUGCGUACGCGCCGUACUCCCGAGUUCAGUCUAGUUCUCGAUUUGGACGAGACGCUCGUUCACUGCAGUUUGAACAAACUCGAGGACGCUACACUGUCCUUCCCCGUCUCGUACCAAGAUAUCACGUACCAAGUGUUUGUUAGGACAAGGCCACAUCUUAAGUACUUCCUAGAGCGAGUAUCGAAGGUUUUUGAAGUUAUUCUGUUUACGGCUUCCAAACGUGUUUACGCUGAUAAGUUACUCAACAUUUUAGACCCCGAGAAAAAGUACUUUCGACAUCGGCUUUUUCGUGAGCAUUGCGUCUGUGUUCAAGGAAACUAUAUAAAGGAUUUGAGCAUCCUUGGACGAGAUUUAUCCAAAACUAUGAUCGUGGAUAAUUCUCCCCAAGCGUUUGCCUACCAGAUAUUCAACGGAAUUCCAAUCGAAAGCUGGUUUGUUGACCAAACCGAUCGAGAGCUCGUGGAAUUACUGCCAUUCUUGGAGGAGCUUGCAAGGCGUAAAGAUGAUGUGCGAAGACAUAUACGGGACCGAUUUCGUCUCCACGAUAUCAUCAACCCUCCUGGCUAUCAAAACUUCCGUGUUUGAAUGGCCUUCAGUUAGAGGUAGUGUGAAGGGUUAACUUUUUAAUGACGGUUUUCGAACGAAAAUUGGUCCUUACUUCAAAGACCCGUAUCUGUAAUCAAUAUGUUAGCGUUAACUUUAUUCGAAUCAUUAAUUUUAUUCGUUUAGAUUGUAUCCUCUAAUCGCAAAGUAAGAAUCUUUAACAAGAGCCCUCUCACAUAAUUUUAUUGGCUAUGAUUUUCAAAAUUUUACAUUUUAUGUAUCAAGAUACACAAUCCAAUUUUAUGUUUGUGUUACAAAUUUCAGAGGUUUAAAUUAAGUUGUUGCAUAUCUAGAUAGCUGAUAAACUAUUUUUUCACUGAAAUUGAGCAUUAUAAGGGUAAUUUAUAGAUUACCAGGGCGGUUUUUAACCUUUCAAAACUUUCUUUCCGAAAGGAUUGUAAGAAAUACCUGUACAAAGACCUAAACAAAGGAAGCAUCACGUUUUACUGUCAGUUUAGAAAAGUAAACUACCUUUUGUACUUACACAAUGUUUUAGAGUGUAACCUUAACCGAAAUUUACAUUUGGUAAAGUAAUAGGGUUUCAUUGUAAAUGGCUGUAAAUAACUUUUGACUUAAGUCAUCUUUUCCUCAGCUGUGAGUGUGUACUUUAUUGUUUUGUUGGUAAGUCAUCUUUUCCUCAGCUGUGAGUGCUGUUUGUUGGUAAGUAAACUGACUAUAAAAUAAUAACUUUUUAAUAACUCUCAUGGAUUGCAUAUAAAUUCAAAGUAGAUUCUACAUCCUUAUUUCAUUUUAGCCACACUAUUUCCAUAGCUACUAUAUCACUGAUAUUUUUUUAUUGACCAUGGUGUGUUUCUCAGUAAGGCAGCUGUGAUUGCCCUCUUGGAGAACAUACAUCCGAACCAUAAACCUGACUUUGCAAAGAUACAUUCAGUUCAGACACAAGCAGUUUUUCUAAGAUUUUCAAGAUUUAUGAUUAAUGAAAUCAGAACCCAUUAAAAAGCCUCUGUUUUAUAUUUUAAAUAGACAUAAUACCAUAUGCUAUAAACAACACCAAAUGCUACAACAUGAAUAAAGAUUACCCCUGUUUCCUUAAGCUAAAUUUAUUCAAGCUGGCAUAAUUAUUAACUGGUCCCCAACUCUGUAAUAUGAUAUUAUACAUAAAGUAUUAAUGAAUAUAUUGAAAAUAUAUUUGUUUGGCUAUGUUAUCUUAGAUAUUGUAUAUCAUAAUAUGCACAAAAGUGGAACAUCUUAACCAUAAUUUUAUGACAAAAUACCCUAAUGUUGCCUUGAAAAAUCACAAAAUACAUAUAUGCCACCUUCAAAUUUUACAGAUACUCACAGAGAAUGAUAUAAAACUCAAAAGAACAUACAUAGUAUUAAAUAGAAAAACAUUUCUUUUUCAAAAUUUUACAAAAAUUCUGCUACAAAUUUAAGUAGAUAAUUGAAGUCUCUGUGCCACUCUAUAUUAUUGUUAUUUGGUUGACUGAAUUGAUUCCAAUAUCAUUUAGUGCCUAAUAAUGAAGUGGUAAAUAGUGAAGUACUGUAUCACAGAUAAAUUAAAACAUCUCUAAAAUGCAGAUAACUUUUCAAAUUUACUGCAAUUGAGUAUGAAGGAGAACUACGUUAAGGAUUAUUAAGAAAUAAAAUAUUUUUAUGUGUGCCUUCAUUGAGUUUUGAAAACUGAGAUGUUUUUGUGUGGGAGAAUUUUUUAACAGAUUAGCGGAGCACGAGACCGCAGGUGGAGUGCUUCACAUCUGCUUGAGAAUUCCCCAAACAAGUAAACCCCAAAUAAACCCUAAUGAUAAACCUUAGAGUUCAUAUUAUAAUCACUUGAUAUUUGAGCAAUAACUAAUCAUUAAUAUCUUAUAGCCUUAAGAACCUAUCAACUGUUUGUUGAUGGGAUUGAGUAAUAAAUUAAGUUAUAUCAUAUGUGUUAUCAAAAAAGAAAUCUCUAUACUUAGUAUUUUUUUGAAAUGUAAAAGAAGACAAUUAGCUGAUUUGACAUCCUACUAAUAACUAGUCUCACCACUAAUAGCAGGAUAAGUCAAUUUAUUAUCUGUUUGCAAGCUAUGGACAGUUUGUGCUAGUACCCUGGAGAAAACCUGAUCAAACAUGUUUAGAAUGUCUCUCUUAGGUCACCUUUUAGAAAGCUCUGGCUGGUUUUGUUUUCCCUUAUAACUGCUUAUGUCGAAUAUAAGAAAAAAAAAUAGGCAAAUACAACAUGACAUAGGGUAAUCACCUUGAUAUUGAAUAUAAUUUAUUUCUUAUAUUCAUGAUAAAGACAUCUUCAUGAUAAAAAAGACUUAUUAUAUUCAAUACAAAAGGGUAACCCAGUAAAUUCAAAUUCUCAAAUGAAAAAAAAAACAAUAUUAGUAAUUGGGGUGUUAGAGUUGUUCUACUAGAAAUAACUGGAAAUUAGUUUGCCUUGUAAGGGAAAAGUUUAAGUUUAUUAUUCAGCUUUCGUCUCUACUUUUAAUAUAGGUUAAAAUAUUAACUGAUAUUCUUAAUUCCGCUUGAAUAUAAAACUACUUCCUGAAAAUCACUGGCAAAUAUGGGAAGAAUCAUUUUAGCACUCAAAGUAGAGUAGUUACUAUUACUUAUCAAUAGUUUGCAGACAGCUAGUUUCACACUUUUCUAUGUGCUGACAGCCAGUUGUUGAUGUUCUUCUUUUGUCAUCAGCAUUUGUUGGCCACACCAUGUAGGAAAACCUUUUAAACCAUGGGGGGCAGCCCCUCAUGUGGGGUACCUAUGCCUUGCACCCCCUCACUUGGUUGGCAGCACCUUGUAGGGUACUGGCAUUGACAAUCAGAAGUAAUUAUCUUGAAGAGACAUCUGUUAGGUCGGAACUGUUAUUUUCUAGCAAUUAACCAAUCAAAUCUCUUUGACUGUUUUUGAAUUGAGAUUUCAAAACUUUUUUUUAGUAACUAGACAUAAUUUAGACGUCAAAUUAUUGAAAUAUUAAUAGCAAGAGUCUAAAUUCAAAGUAAGGGCAUUCAUCUGUUGCAUCUUAUAGGAUUCUAACGAUAUUAAGUGAGACUGUGUGUCAUAACCCACGUUGCCUCAUUUGUAUUGAAAUACUCAGAAUAUCUGUAUAUAAUUAAAUCCAGGUUGUCACAUAUUAGUAGUAGUAUUAUUAGUAGUAUUUUUAUGUCUCCUAAAUACUGGUUUAUAGUGAACCGGCGAUUAGCCACCGGUUUGUGACUUUAAGGCAACAGGGAUUACGAAAUAGAUUGUCACAAUUUUUUUUUUUUUAAUAUGUGACGUUUAUUUUUAAAUGUAUGUAUUAUUUUACUUAUUAUUUUAUUGCCUUGUGUAGAUAUAAUUAUGGUAUAGCUUAUGUGUAGUAUUCACAUAUUUAUCCUAUAAACUUUCAAAUUCCCUGGCAGUAAAAAUUGUUGUGCCUGUCUCAUCCGUUUGUAAAGAUAUGUAACAUACUUUAGUGGUUUUACACUAAAAAUUAUUUUAUACAUGCACCUUCAUUGAGAAAAAAAAAAAACUUACUUUAUAGCACAUAACGUUAUUGUCAAUAAAGAAAAUUGCAUGCACCAAA